AUGGUCUCUCUGCCGUCGUCUGUGUCUGCCAGUCCUUCUCCUAAUGUUCGUGCUGUCCUUGCCCUUAUAAAUCACUUGGAAUCAUGGCACACCUACGAGUCGGCUGAACAGCGUCUAGCUGUCCAUUCCGCACUCCUCGCACCGACGCUUCAGCACCAUAUCCUGCCUCGUUCCUUCGGCCAGCCUGUUCGGAAUAAGCAAGAGUGUCUCGAGUUCUCUAGGCAGGUGAUGGGUAUGUUUGUAGAGUUAAAGGUCACUGUAUAUGAGCUUAUAGAGGGUGAUCACUCCAUAUCUAUGCAUGCUUCUUCACAAGGGCUGUCUGUAACAGGCGCAGCCUACACGAACGAAUACAUGAUGACAUUCAACUUUGUCGAAUCCGAAGCUGGACCAGAUGCAUUGCCCCAGAUUUCCGUCUUCAAGGAGUUCCUAGACAGCGAUUUUUCCAAAGGAUUUUUCCAAGGAGAACGCGAACGUGCUGCUACUUCAGGGAGCCACAUUAACAUUGUUUUUCUCACGCCCCUUGUUCAUGUUCUUAUCUAA